AUGUUCACUUCUGAUCCGGUGCCCCUCUUUGUGUACGAGAACGGGCGAGAGGACCCAGGCUGUGGGUUUGAGCUGGCCUUCAGUGUCAACUUCACCUUCGCCCUCUCGCCCAAAGCCAAGGCUGCUUCAAACGGCUUUGCCUUUGUUGUGUCCGCAACCAAGACUGUCGGGAGCAGUGUCGAUGUGGGGUUUGGUGGGAUGGACGAGCGAAGCAUGGCGAUUGAGUUUGACGUGCUCCAAAACAAGCCACAUGGCGACAUGAAAAACCAGCAUGUGGGGCUGAAUAUCAAUGGCCAGGAGAAAUCAAUCGCGGCUGUGAAGUCCCCAUUCCCACUGGCCAACAAGAAGCCGUACACGGCAUGGGUGGACUAUGUGCCUGGAGACCCUGGCACCAUCCGGGUGUUCCUUGCAACAACAGCAGUGAAGCCAGCAAAGCCGCAGCUAGACAGGCGGCUGUCGCUUUGUGCUGUGCUGAAGCCGGGACCACUGCAGGGUGAGGGCUUGCCAGAGCAGCCGCGGGCGUUCUACUUUGGCUUCAUGGCGUCCACCACAGUGAAGCCGUUCAUGAUUCAAACCAUCCUCAGCUCAGCCCUGCGCACAGCUUACGGUUUAGAGGUAUCGCUCAAUACAUUCGUGCCUGCACGGGCGAGCCCCUUCCCACGCUAUGUGAGUGCAGACUACCGAGUGUCGGCCGGGCAGAAGGACUCGUGGGUCUUCAGGGACCUCCACUCCUGGGACUCCGUGCCCUUCCUGGGCUGGCCCGUCAAGGACCAGAAAGAUUGCAUUGUGUCAAGCAUAGAGGCAGCAUACGGCAUCGCAAUGAGUCUAGAGGCCCCAGUGAUCUCAAUGGACUCGCUCUUCACAGCCAUGAAUCUCACCACCCAGGCAGCCAACUGCACUGCUGGAGGCUCUCCAACUAAAGCCUUUGAGAAGCUAACGGCGCUGCCUAAGGGGGCAAUUACCAUGGAAGGCAAUAAGGAUCUUGGCUGCUAUACCGGAAACCUUAAUCAUGUUGUACUCGUUAUUGGCUACCUCGUGUUGAGGAACGAUGGGAGCGAGAACCGCAUUGCACCGCCUUUUUGGAUCAUCCGCAACUCGUGGGGCGAGGCGUGGGGAGACAGGGGCCACAUGCGCAUGGACAUCCAGGGAGGGGAUGGCAUGUGUGGCAUCAACGUGCUGCCUGGCAUCUACCCCAUUGUCAAGAUUCCAGGGGACCCGCGUGGCUUGAAGAGCUACAAGGGCGAUGGAGACCUGCAGCCCAGCAUGAACCCAUGCGGUCGCUUCACAUGCACGCCCUUCCCCAAGACCAACAACAACACCUGUACCUGCACUCUUCCCGCUCAGACCAAGCAGCCCUUCAUUGAGGCUGCAAAUGGCUAUGGAAACACCUGUGUCUAUGUAAACGUGUGUGGGUCGUACUUCAAGAACCCUUGUGCUGUGGGCACAUGCAUCAAUGAUGGCAAGGGCUCCUACUCAUGCAUCUGUCCACUCAACUACGUCUCCAGCACAACCUUUGACAACUUCCCCACCUGCGAUCCAGGUGCUGCUGCACUUUACCCCCACCUUCCUCCGUCUCCUUGUUUCUCCAAUGGCUAUACCCCUUCUACCUUUUCGUGA